GCCUGUCGCAUUGAGCAUUCCAGGCGCAGGAAGAUUUCGAUUUUCGAUUUUCAUUUUGUUGGAAUUUAAAAUGUUUCCAAAGUAUCCAGGGUCAGUUUAUAUUAUAUUGCGGUAACAAGUCUGUAAAAUUUUGUUUUGGACCGGUGUGUAAUAUUUUCCUUUAUGUACCAAGAUCAUAAAAAUGGCAAGACGAUAUCGCGACGCCGCUGCUAAACUACAGCAGAGUGUCCAAAAACACUUACAAGUUACUAAAGAUUUAUCUUCUUCCGAAGACGAUGAGCCGUUCGAACCUAAUGUCCUGGCAGGAAUAUUUCAAAACUAUUGCAAGGGCGGAGGAGAUAACCUUAUGCUGAAUCGUACGAAAAUUCUACUAGAAGAAGCUUCAAGUGGAAAAUCUAUAACUUGCUUGAUAUGCAUUGGAUCUAUAAAACGAUCGGACGCUAUUUGGGCUUGCGAUCAUUGUUUCGCUUACUUUCAUCUGUCUUGUAUUCAAAAGUGGGCCAACGAUAGCGUCAGCUUGAGAAGUGAAGAAGUUCAGGCCCCAAUUGCCGUAUAUAAGCAAAAAAAGAUAGAAUGGUGUUGCCCCAAAUGCAGACAUUCGUAUUCUAAAGAAGAAAUUCCUCGCAAGUACCGAUGUUUCUGCGGCAGGACAGAUGACCCUCAAUAUCACCCAUGGUUGCUGCCUCACACAUGUGGUGAAGUUUGUGGUAAGAGUCUAUCUUUAACUAGUAAUUGUAAUCACAAGUGCCUAUUGCUAUGCCACCCGGGGCCAUGUCCCCCCUGCCCUCAAACUGUGAAUGGCCUUUGUUUCUGUGAAAAAGAAAAGGAAAGAGUAAGAUGCAGUGCUUCCAAAUGGUCCUGCGGUAGUCAGUGUAAGAAAAUAUUACAGUGUAAUUCACACAGAUGUGAGAGUAUUUGUCAUGAAGGUGAUUGUCCUCCGUGCAACUACACAAGCGAACAGUCCUGCCAAUGCGGCAGCCAGAAAGAAAAAAGGCCUUGUAACGACUUAGUUUGGCACUGUGAAAAGAAAUGUGGAAGAGAAUUUUCAUGUGGUUAUCAUAAAUGUGAAAGAAUUUGUCAUUUUGGCGAGUGUGGAAGCUGUCCAAAUUCGGGUGUGAUGACAUGUCCAUGUGGAGCCAAUGAGCGUUAUAUUAAAUGUCCCGACACAAUUGAAACAUGUGUCAGUACUUGUGGUAAGAAAAAAGAAGGUUGUGAGCAUACUUGUCCUGAAAAAUGUCACAGGGGUGAUUGUCCACCAUGUCAAGUUUUAGUGGAGAAGAUGUGUCACUGCUUAACACAUACUCGCUUGUUACCAUGCAGUAAGGACUUUAAAUGUGAAACUAAAUGUAGGGGCAUCAGACCAUGUGGAAAACAUGGAUGUGGACGCAAGUGCUGCAGUGGACACUGUCCACCAUGUGAGAAAAUUUGUGACAAGCCACUUCAAUGUGGCCGACAUAAGUGUACAUCUGUCUGUCACCGUGGACCAUGUUAUCCAUGUCCUAGAGAUUCUAAAGUAACUUGCCGCUGUAAAGAAACCUAUGUAACAGUACCAUGUGGUAGAGAAAGACACACGAAACCACCCAAAUGCAACCUUUUGUGCAAAAUUAAAUACAAAUGUGGACAUGUUGAGGAAAACAAACAUAAUUGCCAUUUUGGUGAAUGUCCACCUUGUAAAGCAAUUUGUGAUAAAGUUUAUGACAAAUGUGGCCAUAAUUGCAAAGCAGUAUGUCAUGAAUAUGUUUUGGCUACAUUUAAACAGAUAGAAAAACCAGCAACUCCCUGGGAGGCUCAACCUCCAAAAACAAAGAUUGUGAAAUUGGAAUGUCCUCCAUGUGAAACACCCGUACCAGUCACAUGCUUUGGUGAACACGAAACUGAUAAUCAACCAUGUCAUUCAGCUACAAGAAGACCCUGUGGCCGGGAAUGUGGAAAACCAUUAGAAUGUGGUAAUCACAACUGCAUGCAGUUGUGCCAUUUGUAUGAAAAUGAUCCUGAUUAUCCAAAUGUGCCUUAUUUUUGCAAACCUUGCGAUAAAGAGUGCUCAGUCAACCGUCCAGAAAAGUGUACACACAAAUGCCCCAAACAAGGAUGUCAUCCCGGACCGUGUCCACCUUGCAGAGUUCUAGAAAAGAUUCCUUGUCACUGCGGUGUUACUGAGAAUUAUUUACGUUGUUUCGAGUUAUUGACUGUAACCGAGGAGACUCUCAGCUGUAAACAGCAGUGCCCAAAAAAUCUAGAAUGUGGUCAUAGGUGCAAAAAUCUAUGUCACAGCGGUAAAUGUGGACAGAAUCAAGAAUGUACCAAAAAAACUAAGGUGGUUUGUCCUUGUGGCAAUUUGAAGAAAGAUGCACCUUGUAAUGUGGUGAGAAAGUCAGAAUACAAAAUUGUUUGUGAUCAAACCUGCGAAGAUAAAAAGUUGGCAGCCAUAAUAGAAAAGGAGCAGGAGGAAAAAAGGUUAAGACAGUUAGAAGAAGAAAGGAAUCGCAAAGAGUUGGCAGAAUAUGAGUGGAAACUGAGUGGGAAGAAGAAGUAUAAAGAGAAAAGAGUCCUGGUGCACACUGAUGACAGAAACAUCAUACAAAAAUAUUGGGUUCCUAUUGUUUCUAUAAUGAUAACAGUAACUUUAUCUGUGUACUACAUAUUCUAUGUUUAACAAGCAAGUUUAUUGUUAUAAAAUAUUGGAAUGCUUUUUACGUAAUAAUCUAUAAAUAUAUAUAAAUGUGUGAUUUAUUAAUCUUUUGUCCUUAGAAUUUUUGAGUUUAGCACAUAGCACAUAAUACCAGGGGGCUGAUUUAAUUUAUAAAUUUUUUGACUAGCAAUAAUCUUAAUAUGUAAACACUUAUCAUAAAACAUAUUGAAUUAUAAUACAUAUUUAAUUUCUUACUUUACAGUAAUCAAUAAACUUUGAAACUCGAGGGAGGGACCAAAGCAUUAAAUUGCUCAAUUUGAUGUAAUAGUUAAUUCAUUAGUCAUUACAUUUAUGAGAUU